AUGUCUACUACAACAGCAACAGCAGCACAAAGCACCCAAACCUGCAACACACCCACCCAAUACGAAAUCCCCGUUCAAGAUGCCGCCUGCGCAGUCCCCAACAACGCCAAAUACACCAAACUCCUCUCAAAAUGUUGCCACGACGCCCCCGUCUUCGCCUACGACCACGACUGCGCACUAUAUUGUCUCGCGAUGGGUCAGUCUGUCCAGGAUCUGACGGACUGUUUGUACGAUGCCAAGGUUGAUUGGGGAGAUGUUUGGUGUCAUGGGAAUACAAGUGCUAGUGCUACUGGGACUCCCACUGGGACUGGAAUUUCGGUGAAGGAGACUGGAUCUGCUACUGCUACUGGGAAGGAGACUGGGAAGGGGAAGGCUACGGGGACAAGUACUGGGGGUGCGGUGGAGAAGACGGGGGAAAGUAUGGCGGGGAUUGUAACUGGGCGGGAGGUUUCUAGGGUGUCGGUUUUGGUUGUGGGGUGGUUGGUGGUUAGUUCUGUUGUUGGGUUUUUGGGAUGA